AUGACCAUCUCCUACUCGGGCAAUUUCUUCCAGGUGCUAACGCGAUGGAGGGGAUCAAUUUGGAAAGCGGUUUGGAGGGAACUUCUUAUUUAUCUUGUCAUGUAUUAUGCCAUUAGAGUCUGGUACAGGAUCGGAAUCGAUUUGAUCUUCGGCGAUCAUGCCGCUCAUAUGAAACAUGAAUUCGGUGAGUUGUGUCAUAUGUUUUACGAAUACACUCAUGCGAUUCCAUUGACUUUCCUGCUUGGUUUCUACGUGCACAAUGUGGUUGACAGAUGGUGGCAUCAAUUCAAAUGCCUUAAAUGGCCUGAAGAUAUUAUGGCUCCACUUUGCGUCGUUAUCCCGAAGACUGAUGAAAGGAGUCAAAAGAGAAGGCAUACUAUUGCUCGAUAUGUCAAUUUGUCGGCUGCAUUGGCUUGGAGAGACGUUUCCCCAAAGCUUCGUCAUCGUUUCCCAACGGUGAUUGAUUUGGUGAAAGCGGGAUUGAUGACAGAAGAAGAGUACAAUAUUAUUGAAGAGAAACAUGCUGAUGUGCCAAGCGUUCGCUGGCUGACCCCACUCCACUGGGCACAACAGAUCAUGGAGGAUGAGGACAAGGACAACAAGCCAAACGCUCAUCACGUGCACACUUUCUAUCACGAAUUGGCGGCUCUUCGUGAAUCACUGCGCGAGCUCUAUUGCUUCGAUUGGGUUUGCGUGCCAUUGGUGUACACACAGGUAACUUCUCUAGCCACUUACGCUUAUUUCUUCCUAUGUUUGUUUGGAGAUCAAUUCGUUGAGGGAAAGGAUCUCGACCUUGUGAUUCCCGUGAUUUCCGUCAUCAAGUUCAUCUUCUUCAUCGGAUGGUAUAAAGUUGGACAAGAUUUGAUGAGACCAUUCGGAUUAGACGAUGACGACAUCGAGUUAUCCUAUAUUUUGGACAGAAACGUGGCGACGAGCUUUGGAAUUGUGUCGAGACUUCAGAAUGAGAAAUAUCCUGACUUGGACAAGAACACGGAUAUUAUCUGGAACGCGAGACCGAUCGUCCAAUUGGGUUCAACAGGCACAACAAGUUCAAAGCGACAUCGACACAAUAGACCCGAGCUACAUGCGGUUGUCAACAUUGACGGAGAUGUGAAACCGACGUAUUUACAAAAUUUGGUCACGAAUUUCCGCCGAAGAGAGGCCAGAAAUCUCGCCUGG